ACUGGAACAAACUGAACGCCGAAUGGCUGAGAGGCGUCUGGCGCUGGACAGUUCCAUCGAGGUGAAUCUGAAUCCUCGGAAGGCGAGUAGUGAUGGUGGAGGGGUAUAAGAUGCUGUUCUGAUCCCGCUCUUUUCUGCUUAUCUGUUCUUUCUUCAGGCGACUUUGAUUAACGGCAGUUCGUGAUCCCAUAUACCAAGAUGUUCUACUCGACGAUCCUUUCUGCUGGAGCCUUGUUGCUCGCUGCCUCGGCUUCUGCUGCCCCUGCGAACACUGCGCUCAAUAACGCUUCCUCCGUCGCCGAGGUUACUGUUACCCCGACUGUCCUUACUACUUUGACGACCACCGUCUACCCCGAGACCUCUACCGAGACCGUCUACACUGUCAACCCAGCGUUGGUUGGCAAACACUCCACCAUCGUGGUUUCUGCGACCUCGACCGCCUACACCACCACUACUCCCGUCAUCACCUCGACAAUUACCUCCUCUGCUGUCCGUACUUCCGUGACUAAGAAGGCCAAGACCUUCACCAAGGUGAUCACUCCCACCAGGGACGUUACCGAGUACUGGACCAAGUACUUCACAAAGUGGAACUACUACACCCCCGCUCCCAAGAAGUCUUACAAGACUGUCAUCUCCACCUACACCCCCACCACCUCCGCAACCACCACCAGCACUUUGUCCUUGUCGACUACCACCUCCACCACCACCGCUACCUCUACUACCACCUCCACCACUACUCAGGCAUGCUCCACCACCACCACGACCGCACGUCAGCGUGGACGCCGUGAUGUCACUGUUGGGCCCGUGACUUCCACCAUCACCGAGACCGAGACUGAGGUUGCCACCACUACUACCACCAUUGCCAACCUCACUCCUUCCGACUACUUCACCACCGCCACUACUACCUCCACUACCACCCUUCCCGUUACCGCUACACCUUCUACCAUCUCUGUCACCGUCACCGUGACCAAGAGCACUAGAUGGUCUACCUCCUACACCAAGACUGUCACUGGUACCACCUAUGCCCCCACCUUCACCAACAUUCACUCCAUCACCGCCACAGCGACUACCAACGCUGCCUCUACCCUUGCUACCCCCACCACUACCGUCACCUACACCGCUACCGUUAAGGCUAAGAAGGCUGCGACCAAGUGGUCUACCAAGACUGUGACUCUUGGAAAGAAGGGAACUGCUACCAAGACCGUUGUUGUGUUUGUUAAGGCUACUGCUACCGCCAAGCCUUUGAACUGCAAGAAGUGGUAA